AACUCCAGGCUGAAGGAAAUCACACAUCAACAGAAUCUGUCAGGUUGGUGGGAGGAGACAGUCGCUGUGCAGGAACACUGGAGAUGAAACAUGAAGGAGACUGGAGACCAGUAGAUGACUCUGACUGGAGCCUGAAGACAGCAGAUGUUGCCUGCAGAGUUCUGGACUGUGGCUCUGCUGUUUCUGUCAGACAGAGAAAGAAGACCUCAGAGAGAUCUGUGUGGAGGAUCAACUCUUACUGUGUUCUGUAUAGAUCUGCUCUGAGAGAUUGUUUAACAUCAUCUUCCUCUUCCUCCGUCCUGGAUCUCAUCUGCUCAGACUCUGUCAGGCUGGUGAAUGGGACGAGUCUGUGCUCAGGCAGACUGGAGGUGAAGUCCAACCAGUCUAACCAGUCUAACCAGUCUAACCAGUGGUGGUCCUCAGUGUGUGAAGAUGACUUUGACCAGCAGGAUGCAGAGGUGGUCUGUAGGGAGCUUGGCUGUGGGGCUCCUUCAGUCCUCCAGGGGGCGCUCUAUGGAGAAGUGGAGGCUCCAAUGUGGACCAAAGAGUUCCAGUGUGGAGGCAAUGAGUCUGCUCUCCUGGACUGUAGAAGCUCAGGCUCAGAUAGAAACACCUGCUCACCUGGCAAAGCUGUUGGACUCACCUGCUCAGAACCUGUCAGGUUGGUGGGAGGAGACAGUCGCUGUGCAGGAACACUGGAGGUGAAACUGGGAGACUGGAGACCAGUAUAUGACUAUAACUGGAGCCUGAAGAGAGCAGAUGUUGCCUGUAGAGAUCUGGACUGUGGCUCUGCUGUUUCUAUCAGAAGGAGAAAGGCGUCCUCAAAGAGAUCUGUGUGGUGGAUCAACUCUUACUGUGUUCUGUCUGGAUCUGCUCUGAGAGAGUGUUUAAAAUCAUUUUCCUCUUCCUUCAUCGUGGAUCUCACCUGCUCAGGUAAGCCCAUCAGUGACAUCAUCUCUGACAGCAAUGUUUCCAGGAUGUUCCUUCCUCUGUCACAGUGACAGUCAGUGGGUUUCCAUUGGACUGAACUGUAAAGUUAAUCAGGACAACGACAUCCUGAAGUGUAGAGAGGUGGGCUGGUUUCUGGAAGCUUCA